UCAUAAUCAUGGCCACCAUGUUCAAGAAACACUCCAAACGAAAUUUUCGGAAAAAAAUCGACCACGAAGACGACGAAACUGGCGAUGAUCGGGAAAUAGAGAACAUUCCUGUGAUUUCAAAACCCGCGGUCAAAAAUUCUAAACCAAAACAGAAAGACGAGUCAAAGAUCAAGACCGCGUCGUCUAAUUCAUUGCUUAGCUUCGAUGAUGAAGGAGGAGACGAGGGUGAAGUUUUCAAGAUUCGCAAGUCAAAAGAAAGCCGUCGGUUGGCGAAGAAACUAGAACAGGAGAGGAAAAAGAAAGAGGAAUUUGACAAAGGGGGAGUUGUGAAGAAAAAUGAUCUAAAUACUGAUCAGGGCGAAGAUGAUACCGACGAAAGAUUGGCUGCACUGAGAGCUGAGCUGUGUCAAAUUGCAGGCGAUGAUGACGGGGAGGAAGCUGAAGAUGACACUGAUUCAGUAGCAUCAGGACCUAUCAAGAAAGAGCCAGCUAUAAUUUCAAGAAGUAAAACUGAUUUUGGCAUACCAGAUGCAGCAACAAUUCAUGCAGCACGCAAACGGCGAGAAAUGGCAAGACAAACUGAGCAAGACUUUAUCCCUUUGGAUGACACACAGAAAUAUGAGGGAAAUUUUGCAUCCACAGGCCGGCUAGUGAGAGAAGAUGAGAAUGAUGUAAGUGAUGAUGAGGGGGAAGAGGGACCAAUUUCGUUUUCUGUUCCAAAGAAAAGAGGAUUUCCUGCAUUGGAUCGUCGUCGUGAGGUUGAAGCUGCUCUUGCUAAUCAAGAACUUGAAGAGAAUUCUGACAAUGAAGAAGCUGAGGAUGAUGAAGAGAUCAAACUCUGGGAAAAUGAACAAAUUCGCAAAGGUGUUAAAGGGGUUUCAGGACCUGUGGUCCAACCAGAGUUACUACAAACAACUGAGGCAACAAGCUCAUUGUAUCAACAACAAUUCACUGAAGAGAACUCAUUAAGUUAUCAAACUGUACAGCAGCCUUACACAUAUGGAAUUGGAUAUAAUGAUACACACACAAAUGGAAAUCAAACCUAUGGACCUGCAUUUACAACUAAUUCACUGCAAAGUCGACAUGCUGUUACUGUAGAUAUGAUCUGUGACAAGAUGAAACAGCAGUUGGGGACUCUUCAAGAGGUACAUCGCCAACAUAGAAUGGACAAUGAGAAAGCUUCAUCUCAGCUGGAAACUGCUCAGAGUAACAUCAAGAAGUUAGAGCGACAGGGAAGGAAUGCAGAGCAGAGAUUUAGUUUUUUCCAAGAGAUGAGGGGGUAUGUCAGGGACUUGAUAGAAUGCCUUAAUAACAAGGUGGGUGAUACAAGCAUGUUAUUACCAGAGCUGCAAAUAUUGGUUGGUUAUUGGAAAGUCGCUGAACCAAACCUUGCCUUUAUCUAAAGAAAAAUUACUACAGCCUGCCUGGUGUAUAUAUACAAACUUCCUCAAGGACACAAAAGUGUGAAUGGUCAAGUCACGACUGGGUUAAUUUUGAUAUCUCGUUGAGUGAGUUUGUUUGACAGAGAUGAGUUUUCAAAUCAUUACAUUCUGCAGAGUGUAGUAAAGCAAACAACAUACAAUUUAACAUUAUUGGUGAGACUAAACUGCUAAUGAUGAUAUUACUUUGUUGCUUUGAACAGGUACCUGCAAUUGAUGAGCUAGAAACGUCUAUGCAUGCUUUGUUGAAGAAUCGAGCUUGCUUAGUGGUCCAGAGGAGGCAAACAGAUGUCAAUGAUCAAGCAGAGGAUUUUCUUAAUGCUCAAGCUGGUAAUUUUCUAAUUUGACUGAUAUUUAGGUUGCUUGGAAUUUCACCUUACACAUGGUGUGCAUGGAAUACUCCCAGUCACAUUAGCAACUAUGACAGAAACACAUGUAUGAGGCUCAGAGCAAAAGCCAAGGUUAAGAAAAUAUGAUAAAUUCAUGAAGCCUCAGGUAACCUUUGAACCCCUAAUUAAGGUCACAAGAAUAAAGGAAUUGAUCACCAACUAAAGAACCUCGAGAUUGUUAAACAAAUUCUACCUGUCAACACCCUAGGAAAUGUAUGGAGAACAUAAUGGAGAGUCUAGAUGAUGUUAGGGUGUAAGGGUUUAGACCUAGAGGUACUUUCUGCUCAUGAAUUAUUCUCUGCUGAUUUAAACAUUAUGUUGCCCAUGGAAAGAUGUCAAAUCCCCCUUAACAGUACUGUCCAGCAUAAUAAACUUGUUCUAUAGUUUCCUUGCUUAAGUAAAAAUUUUGUCUCCUCCAUGUAGGACGCCAAACCUCAGCUAAAGCAGCAGAUCAGGGGAAGUUGAGACGCACUGCUGAACGAGAGGGAAGAAGAGCACGGAGGAGAAAACACAGAGAAAAGGAGAAGGGCAAAGCUUCCGUACCAGACACUCAUCAUGAAGGACAAUCAACAGAUGAUGAAGAAACUGAGGCAGAUGCUGUUAAGUUUAGGGCAGAAACAAGUAAGAUCUUCUUUUGCAACUAGAUCAUGAGACAGGUUUAAGAAUGGUGCAUUAAAGUAUUAAACCUUUCACUCCCAAUAUCUCAGUAGCGAAUCCCCCUACUAUCUGCCAUACAAUUAUUCUGGUGAUACAUACAUGCAGUUAUGUAUUUUGGAGAACUUGGUAUUGGAUCAACUAAAAAUCCCCUAAUUGUUAUUUUUCUUUAUUCUCAUCAGUUUUCUGCUUGAUAAUGUAUUGAUAUUGUAGAGAGAAAUUCUGUCUUGUUCACUUGUUGAACUUAAAGGGUUAACCAUGAGAGUUUGAUGGUAAAUUUGUGAAGACUUUGAAUAUGAAUCACAAUGUUGUGAUCUAUGCAAGGUUGAUGUGCUGCUGUUGGCAUCACUGUGUAACAGGCUGUCUGCAUGAAAUGGCCAAAUGUUGCUACUUUGUUAUAUUUAACUUUAAUCAUUUAUUUUUGGAGGAAUAGAACAAUUUGAUUGAUGUAAAAUUUGAUAACUUUGUGAGUAAUGACACCCAAUCCCUUCACUGCCUCUUCUUUUCUUUUUCCUCAGAGAGGAUUUUGUCAGAGGAGAAAGUUAUUUUUGAAGAUGUUGUGGAGGAUUUUAGUUCCAUUGACUCCAUAAAAUCAAGAUUUGAAGAAUGGAAGAACAAACAUGAAGACUGUUAUAAGAAUGCAUACAUUUCACUUUGUCUUCCCAAACUGUUUGCUCCGUUUAUUAGACUGCAACUUUUGGACUGGAACCCAUUUGAGGUACAAUUGAUACCUUUGUUUUGAACAUUGUGAACAAAAGGGCAACUGAACUUGGCAAGGAUAUGGUGUACCUGCUGAGCACCUUGCCACAUCCAAAGUUUCUCUGAAACAGGUUACACAAGAUGCACAUUUGGUGUAGAUUUAAGGUUAAAGUAGCUCACUAUGAUGAUGGUCUGUGGGCUUCUUGGUGGCACAAGACAAUCAAGAACUCAAUACAUUGCUCCUUAUAUGGAUAAUUUCCUUAACACUUAAAAGGCAUAAAUUUCAUGGCAGAAUCUUAACAAUGCAGUGCUGUUUGGGGCUAAUCCUUCAUAUUGCGCAUUAAGCGGUGAAAUUUCAUUCAAAGUGCAUUUUUGAACUAAUGAGUUAGAAGUUGUGAUUAGAAACAACCAAAAAAAAAUGUUCAUAGUUUGAUUUCAUGCAAGUGUCCUUGAGCUGAGCAGCUUGAGUUUUGCUCAUUUAUAAAUGAGUAAUGUUGAAUUUUCUCUUAAACUGACAACAAUAAUUUUUAACCUAAUCUUUUGGCAGCAUAGUCAUUAAACAAUCAAUACAAACCUGAUAAAAAAAUGGUUACAGUAUUUUGCUCAUGACAGUACACAAUUUAAUGUUUUUUCUUUCUUCCCCUCCAGGUGAAAUGUUUAGAGAUUGAAGAAUUUCGUUGGUACAAAAGUCUUGUAUUGUUUGGAUGUGGAGAUGAUCCCUAUGAUAUUGAUGCGGACGACCUUGAUGUCAAACUUAUCCCAAUGGUGCUAGAAAAGGCUCUCAUUCCAAAACUAACUGGUAAUUAUAUUACUCCAAUUCUUGUCAAUAAAUCAAUAAAAAAGUUAUUUACAUUGAAUACAUUUUUUAAUACAUGUUAACUCACCUUUAAAUUUUUUCUAGGUCUUUUUGAAUAUGUUUGGGAUCCUCUUUCACAGAAGCAAACAAUGCUGGCCAUUAAGUUAAUAAGGGGAAUGGCUGAAGUUUACCCAAACUUUCAUGCUCAGGAUAAAUCAACACAAGUGAGAUCAAGCUUGUACUUUUUAAAAAUUUGUAAAGCUGAAUCAUUUUAGACUGUUUAUAUGUGGCUAGUUUUGUUGCUUGUUCAUACAUGGAUAUCAUCUUCUUUUGAAAAGAUGUUUCAUGCAAUUGGCUCACUGAUUGAUUGAUCAUUUGAAUAGUUGACAGGUUAAUCUUUGUUAGGUCAGGCAAUCAGUCCAGUAAGUUAGCCAAUCAGUCCAUCUAUUAGCCAGUAAAUCACUGGAUUGAAUUUUGAGUUAUUAAAUCCAAUGAUUUGCUCUGUUGCGACUUUCAAGUUAUUGUUUAGGUAAAUCUAAAACAAGCAGCAGUCAGUAAAUUGCAAAAUUUUCUAUUCAGUCAAUUAGAGAAUCAUCAAUGGAUAUUUCAUUUCACUGAUCAACGAGAAUGUCUUUCUUCUUUCUUUCCUGUUUGUAUAGUCACUGUUUGCUGCAAUAACCACCCGCUUAAGACGAUGUGUAAGUGAUGACGUUUAUGUUCCCCUCUACCCCAAAAGGUAAAAGUUGGUUUGCUCUUAAUUACAUUCUUAAAAUAAAGAGAAAUGUGAAACUAGCUGGUUUCUGGCAAAGAUCACUAACCACUUUGACUUUUUGGUUACCAUGUGUGUUGGGAUAUUGCUUGGAUUCUUAAGCAGAUAUGGUUAAAUCAGCCACCUUUCUCACUGAUGCUUUUUAGUAUUUUCUUGGGCAUGGCACUUUACUCUCUUGGGUUCUUUCCUCUCAGGGAUAUUCCAGUAGAUGAGUGCCUACUUACAUUUUUAACUAAUAAAGACACCUGCAUGUUAUCAAAAAAUUCUGACAACCAUUUGACUUAUUGUUGUACAUAAUCCUUAUUUGUUUUGGUUUGUUUUUCUUAAUUUUUUGAGCAGUUUAUUAGACAAUAAAUCUUCUGGGGCUUUGGCAUUUUUGCAGAGACAAUUUUGGAGUUGUGUAAAGGUAUUUAAAAUUUAAAAUUUAUUUUGCCACUUAUGAAGUACAGCUUGGGAAGUGCAUUCAUUUUUUUUUUUUUUUUUCGGUUUUUACCUAAUUAAGUUGAUGUCUUAACCCUGUACACCCUAACAUCAGUAUCCAUAUUCUCAAUACUCCUCUCUUCACAUUUCCUAUGGCACUUACAGGGAGAAUUCGCUUAACAAUCAAAGCUUUUAACGUUGGCGAUCAUAAUUCCUUUAUUCUCAUGAUCUUAAUGAAGGAUUCAGUAGCAUUACUGUAAGGAGAAAUCACAUGCUGGUCACUCUUAGGGUUUAAAGGGUUAAACCUGCAUUGUUUAUUCUUUUCUCUCCUCUGUUGUAGCUCAUGGGAAAUAUCUUGAGGUGGGAAGGCCUUCUUUCCUCCGCCAGACUGCAGGAACUGGCAAUAGAUGGUUUGUUGAACAGAUACCUUCUAUUAGCACUACAACACUCUCAUCUUUACUAUGACAGCCUGGAGAAAGUGAAAGCUGUAAGUAUCGUUUUCAUUCUUAACAUCGUUGACUUACGAGUUGCAGUCGCAUCCUGAUAAUUCGGACCUUCAAGGAAAGUUAAAAGGGUUCGAGUUAUCGGGAGUCGAAGAUACAGGCACUGUAGUUAGAUGUACCCUUAACCAACGAAACCUGAACUGCCGCUGACACGUUUUGUGUAAUGCAAAAAGGACAAAGAUUAAAAGUCUGCUUCAAAAUAAAUUACAGUAAAUUUUUUGGACGGCAGCACACUGUUGUUUUUUAUUCGUCACGUAUUGACAGACGUGGUUUGACGUGGUUCGAGUUAUCAAGGGUAAAAAUAUAUAGAGAAAAACCUGAAGAGAAACUACAGUUACUUUGAGUUCGGGGAAGGUUCGAGUCAGCGAGUGUAAAAUUGCAGUAAAUUUAUGACGGAAAUCUAAGGGAAUAAUCGAUUUUGGUUCGAGAUCGGCCAAUCGAUCGAGGGUGCGAGUUAUCGGGAGUCGACUGUUCUUCUAUGUGCGCUCAUCUUUUGACCUUGUUUGAGCCAACUACUGACUUUAAAUAGUUGAAAUGUGAGGAUGGUAUUCUUAGAUGUGCUCUUACUUGCUGUGGUCGCUCCGUGCGAGGCGGUUCUAUUACCAAAGCGCCUAUCAAAAUGAUCGCUGAUGACGACAAAAUACAACAACUAUUACAGCUUAGGUAAACGCAUGUGUCGAGAACGAGAGUGCAGGUACGAGAGUACCGACCUCUGUCCUUCGUGUGCGUGAUCUCUCGCUCUCGCGAGCUAGUCUGAAUCCCACUUGCUUGGUGAUUUCGAGCGCCAGCAAGGCGCUUUCGUGCUCCAGUAUUCCUCUGAGUAAUUAUGCUGGAAGAUUUUCCAAUUACUGUCUCCCUCUUCAUUAUAUCAUGUUGAAGAUUACUAAAAUUUGCAUCUCUGCUUUAAUGAAAAUGAUGGUUGUUAAUUUAUUUCCUUGUCAUUGCUAGGUUACCAGAUACCCUAAGGCAUUCGAGUAAACACUACUGCAAGGGCAUAUAUUUCGAUUUAAGCCUCUUCAAGUUUGUUUUAUAGAAGCGUGAUCCAAAACAAAGUUACUCCAACAAGGAAGAAAGUAAACAGGGUGAACACAUUCUUCAACAAGAAGAUACUGUAGAACUGAAGAAAUAUAAACAUCAAAUUCCCAAAACUUGCAUGAAAGGAGAUUAUAGGGAAAUAAGGCAAAUUUUUGCUCUCUAUCAGAUCACAGCCACGUUCCCCAAACAGUGGUUUAACGAGGAGCAGCAGACAACAGUACCUUCAUUGGAAGCGCUGGCACGUUUCCUUGCAACUUUAGCACUCAAUAUACAGCGGUCUUGUGCCGGGUGCCCUGAGGCCGAGAAAAAGAAAGCAAGGUACUUUCAGCUUUUGAUUUGAUUUGAUUGCGGUUCGUUUCUUUCUUUUUUCUUUCAUUUCAGUUUAGUGGUGGCAUAUACUGAAGGCUCAACAACUUCAGUCUCGACGAGUGUUGAUGAAACCGGAAAUUGUAUAUAUUAUUUUUCAUUAUGGUAACUUCAUGUAGGAAGGGCAGCCCUUGCGACUGUCGUCAGAGAAUUUGAUCAACCUUUCAGCAACAGUGAGCAACUGACACUACUGACCGAAAAAUUUGUUUGAAUUGAGUAACUGAAAAAUCUGUUUGAAUUGAGUUAUUACUGGUAACUUAUAACGAGACCAGCAAUAUGGACAGUGACCAAGACAGAAUUUUUCCUUACAACAUCAAUUCGAUAUUAGGCAGAAAAGUGACGAGAAUAAAGAGAAAUAUCAAUUAGGGGAUUAUAAGUUGCUGUAGUACUAAAUUCUCCGAACUAACAUAUUAAGAAUUGUAUGGCAGAGUUAAUAGAAUCACCAAUGAGAUCUUGGGAAAGACAGGGUUAAAGAAGGCUCGAUUGUCUAUUGAUUUGUUUUGUUGGUGUGUUUGUUUUCAGAAGCGGCAUCAAGAAAGUUAUACAAAUUCUCCUACAGUUAAGAUCCGUGGACAAAGCAAAGAUGGUAGCGGCAGAGCACAAUAUGGAUGACGUUGUCAAAGAUGUCUGACAAAGGCUGGAAUCGUUGCAUCUUGAGCACUUUUAAUAUCUGGACAUUGAAUCCAUUUAUAUUGGACCUGUUGUUUAAAACUACUUUCGCGACUUGUCUGCGGCCGUUUUUGCUUACGCAUCUUUUGAGCCCCUAAUGUUUCCGAGUCAGCAUAACAAGGUAGCAUGACACACAUUUUGGAAGGAUUAAAUGGAUAUUUAUAAAACUCUCACCAAUACGAGACUGUCCCUGGCAAACAUUUUCUUGACUAUAGAUGCUGCAGUUUAUAAGGACAAAGUAUAUUUCUCGGUAAAAUACUCUUAGUAGCAAUUCUUUCUCGAUGAAUUACCUAUUAAGAACACUGGCAAUUCACAUAACAGGCAUUUCGCACGGAAGUCAUGCAAUCUUUAUAAUACCAUGCGAAGAGAUUUAAAAAAGGUCUCAUUACAUCGACAUUUUUGCGUAACUAGUGCCAGGCAAACAUUUUCCGUGUACACUUCUUGGACCAGUGAAAGUCUCUUGUGUAUACUCACCGCGGUUCCCGAUUUAAGCGAAAGUUGAUAAUUCGGCACCAUUUCCGUCAUUUAACAUUACUUAAUCGCACAUCGCACCUUUUUCUCUAACCAGCAGAGCAGGCGUAAUUUUAGCGAGCGAGUGCUCCGUGUUUUCUUAUCGAAAAUUACGGCUGCUACCUUUGAAUCUGAUGGCAGCGGAAGGGUGGGGAGAGAAAGAAAUUAGUACUAAGAGGGCGGUCGACGGUGAAAAAUAAGGGGAGGGGUGGGAGAGUGGAGGUCUCCCCGCUCUUCACCCAUACCCAAUUCAAACGUGGCCAUUCGGAUGAACGGUCGCGAGCUUAUAACGUUAGCUCGUCCUAAUGAGACGCCUGCAGUGCAGGCUACUUUUUCCCCUGUCAUUACACAUAAUUUGCUGACAUUUAACAUCACAUAACGCCGUGAGACAACGUCACCACCACUAGACAAAAUUUAGGCUAACUUUGUAGUAUUCAUUGUCACUAGAAAUCUACUGUUAUUAAACAGUAGUAUAUACC